UACGCCAUGAUGUCCAUUGCGCAUGCUCAAUGCGCAGUGGAAGCCAUGUUGGAGCUACAGUGCAUUCGGGCUGGGGUUUUCUGACGCCGUAUGUUUUUCUUAAAAUAUCUGUUUUCAUACAUUGUUGGGGGCUCGUCAACCGUGCGCGAUCGGCGCCGUAAUCGGCAGUGGAAAUGAUGAACUCCAGUGUUGACCUGUCCCGGCGGAAUCCGCAGGAGGAUUUCGAGCUGAUCCAGCGGAUAGGAAGCGGCACAUACGGAGAUGUGUACAAGGCUCGUAAUGUAAACACGGGAGAGCUGGCUGCUAUCAAAGUCAUCAAACUGGAACCGGGUGAGGACUUUGCUGUCGUCCAGCAGGAGAUUAUAAUGAUGAAGGACUGUAAACACUCCAACAUCGUAGCCUAUUUUGGCAGUUAUCUCCGGAGAGAUAAGUUAUGGAUCAGUAUGGAGUACUGUGGAGGAGGUUCUCUGCAGGAUAUCUAUCAUGUAACCGGGCCUCUGUCAGAGUCACAGAUAGCCUACAUGUCACGGGAGACCCUGCAGGGUUUAUACUACCUACACAAUAAAGGCAAAAUGCACAGAGACAUUAAGGGAGCAAACAUCCUCCUGACAGACAACGGCUAUGUUAAACUAGCUGACUUUGGUGUAUCGGCCCAGAUCACAGCAACUCUAGCCAAGAGGAAGUCGUUCAUUGGAACUCCAUACUGGAUGGCUCCAGAGGUAGCAGCAGUAGAGAGGAAAGGAGGUUACAACCAGCUCUGUGAUAUCUGGGCGGUGGGCAUAACUGCAAUAGAGCUGGCUGAACUACAGCCACCCAUGUUUGACCUGCACCCCAUGAGGGCUCUCUUCCUAAUGACAAAGAGUAAUUUCCAGCCUCCUAAAUUGAAAGAUAAAGUCAAGUGGACAAAUAACUUCCACCAUUUUGUCAAACUAGCCCUCACCAAGAACACGAAGAAGAGGCCCACAGCUGAGAAACUGCUGCAGCAUCCUUUUGUGUCCCAGCCGCUCAGCAGGACGCUGGCAAUAGAACUGCUGGACAAAUCCAACAACCCCGACCACAGCACCUUCAAUGACUUUGAUGACGACGACCCUGAACCAGAGUUUAAGUACAGGGGUCAUUUCCUACCCAUAAGCCCCGGCGCUCGACGCGCACCCCGUUUUGCAGCCCGUAGGAAGUCUCCGGUCUCUGUCCCUCACCGUAUUCGUUCCACCAGCAGGAGCGCAAGGGAGGGAAAGACGCUGUCAGAGAUCAACUUUGGUCAAGUGAAGUUUGAUCCUCCAUUGAGAAAGGAGACAGAACCUCAUCAUGAACCGUGUGAAUCUGAGCCCUAUCUGGACUGUGUUGAGGAGCUCUACUAUACCGCGAGAUCUAAUCUGGACUUGCAGUUGGACUACGGACACGAUUCACCAAGUCUUCUGGGAGGAAACAAGAGUCUUCUCAAAUCUGUGGAGGAGGAGCUGAAGCAGAGGGGCCAUGUGGCACACUUAGGGGAUGAUGAUGAUGAGGAUGAGGAUGGUGCAGAUGAUGAUGAAACUCACACUCAUAAAUCGAGCACUAUCAUGAGGCCAAAGGUCCCACCUCCCCUCCCUCCCAAGCCCAAGUCGCUCUGCUCGUCCCAACAACCGCAGCAGCAGCUAAAACAUGACGAUAGCCAAUCACACAGCGAGGACGACGGCGGAGGGGGAGGGACCAUCAAACGCUGUCCAGUCCCAGAGACGGCGAGUCCCGCCAAGCCCGCCUCCAACGUCCCCCCGCGGCCCCCGCCCCCGAAGCUGCCGCCCCACCGCCGCAGUAGCCUAGGUAACGAGAGCCCGAAGCACACGGACGUCGAAAACUCUGCCCCAGAGGAUGAUGGGAGCUUUAGGCAUUUCUGGGAGUGGCUCCACACGCCUCACACAGAGGAGGAGCUGGAGGAGGCGUGGGAGGUGCUGAAGGAGGUGAAAGAGGAGCAGGAAAAAGAGGAAGAGGAAGAGAGUAAUGGGCUGAACACGGCUCCUCCACACGGGGGAGAGAGGGAGAGUCCAGCAGACAGACAGUCCACCAUGCCCCCUAGUGUCCCCGUACGGAAGGACAAGAAGGACGUCCCGAAGCCAAUCAGUAAUGGUCUUCCUCCUACACCCAAAGUCCAUAUGGGUGCGUGUUUCUCCAAGGUGUUCAACGGCUGUCCUCUGAAGAUCCACUGCGCCACCUCCUGGAUCAACCCCGACACCAGAGACCAGUAUUUGAUAUUCGGCGCUGAAGAGGGGAUCUACACAUUAAACCUUAAUGAGCUGCAUGAGACUUCCAUGGAACAGCUCUUUCCUCGGCGCUGCACCUGGUUAUAUGUCAUGAACAGUUGUCUUCUCUCCAUAUCUGGAAAAGCCUCUCAGCUGUACUCCCACAGUCUGAGCGGUCUGUUCGAACAGGCCAGACAGUUACAGAAGUUACCAGUAGCCAUUCCCACACACAAGCUGCCUGAUAAGAUGAUUCCCAGGAAGUUUGCAGUGUCCAAUAAAAUUCCAGACACUAAAGGGUGCCAAAAGUGCUGCGUCGUGCGUAACCCGUACACAGGCCAUAAGUACCUGUGUGGAGCCUUUCAGUCGAGUGUCAUGCUGCUGGAGUGGGUGGAGUCCAUGCAGAAGUUUAUGCUCAUCAAGAACAUCGACUUCCCGUUGCCGUGUCCGUUGGAGGUGUUUGAGAUGUUGGUGGUCCCGGAGCACACGUUCCCUCUGAUCUGUGUGGCGGUCAGUAAAGGCACCGAGCUCAACCAGGUGGUCCGCUUCGGCACCGUCAACCCCAACUCUACCUCCUCCUGGUUCACAGAAGCAGACACGCCACAGACGUGUGUGAUCCACGUCACGCAGCUGGAGAGAGACACUAUCCUAGUCUGCCUCGACAGGUGUAUAAAGAUAGUGAACCUCCAGGGCAGGUUGAAAUCCAGCAGGAAGUUAUCAGCCGAGCUCACCUUCAACUUCCAGAUUGAAUCCACAGUUUGUCUCCAAGACAGUGUACUGGCCUUCUGGAGGCAUGGCAUGCAGGGACGCAGUUUCAAGACCAAUGAGAUCACCCAGGAGAUCUCUGACAGCACACGCAUCUUCAGACUACUGGGAUCAGACAGACGUGCCAACUGUAGCAAUCCAGAGGCUGAGGACAGAGGCCUCACUCUGCCCAGGGUGGUGGUGCUGGAGAGCAGGCCCACAGACAACCCGACAGCCCACAGCAACCUCUACAUCCUGGCAGGCCAUGAAAACAGCUACUGAGACACACACACACACACACAAACGCAUAAACACACUCUCUAAACCGCCUACCACUAAUGCAAACAAGGGAGUGAGCAACCGGGAGACACACUCAGCCCAACCUUACCGCUACCCACCCAACCUCCAUGUGUAACGGGGAGAUGUGCCGUUCAUGGGUGCAGAUGUGGAUUCCCAGUCGCAGACGUUUGAAAUGCACCGCAGUGUUACAUGUGUAUUAGUUAAGCGUGUUGUAGUAGGGCAGCGGGUUGUGGAGGAGUUUCUGACGGGGCGAGGGUUUAAAAACUGCAGGUCUGAGGCCAGCUGGGGUUGAGAUAGCCGGGGGAAUCUGCACCUUAGUCGAGCAACUUGAACCCAGAAUGCUUCCUGAUACCAUCCCACCUUUCCCUGUAUACUGCUCACUGGGGGAAACCGCAUCCAGCACAGAAGUCUGACGUCAACACUACUUCUACUACUAGUUCUACACAUACUACUACUACUACUACUACUACUACUGCUACUUGCGCUAAAGCUUCACAGAAGAGCCAUCUUGCACAGAAAACGUUUCUCUCCUUCAUCGCCCUUUCCUCCGUCUCCCUCUUUCUUUCUUUCUUUUUUAAACUACACCUUUAUUUAUUGUGGCAUGAUGUAACUUUAACAACCAGGAUGGCUUUCCUGUUUCAUUGUUUGUUUGUUUUAAAAGGAUAAAAACAAAAAGAGAAAACUGACAUAAAAGCUUUGCCACCUCCGCUUGCAUCAAAUGUUCUGAUACCCGUCACCACACCACACAAGUGCUUAAUUGACCUCUAUUUAAUUGUUGUAAAUAUAAAUGUAGUAUUUUUUUGACAGAGACGAACACUAAAAAGACUGGUCAUGUAGAUAGGCGUGUGUAUAGUUGCUCAGUACAACUGUGGAGACAAACGGAGAGACAGACGGGCGCAGGAGGAGUGUCGGGGCAGUAAAUUCCCUUCCUGGUUCCCUGAUCAUGUGACGAGGGUCAGGAAGUAAAGACCCCUUCGGUCUCCUCAGGUGGACAGCUUCAGCAAUCUGAUAUAUCUCUUAGAAUCUGGAGCUCAGGAUUGAACUGAGCAAACACAGGAAGCAGCACUGAUUGGUCAUUUUCAUGUCGCAUGCGUCACCAACCAACCAAACUUCGCCAUGGCAACGGAUGUUACACAUUAUUUUCAUUUAAGUUUUUUGUUUUUUUUUAUGCUGUUUUAAUCUGAAAGCUUUUUUUUGUUUUUUUGCUUUUUGUUUUGUUAUAUCGAACAACUGGUGUUACAAAUUUGCACAGAGAAAAAGGUAUUUGAUAAACAAAUGUGACGUCAUUUAUAAUGUGUGUGUGUGUGUGUGUGUGUGUGUGUGUGUGGACAUAGAAUAUGCACAUACAAGUGCUUCAUGUACAGAUCUGGUCUUUAACAAGUGACAGUUGUGUUUCUGCCCGAGGACAUUUUGAAAAGAGAAAUAUUAAAAAACAAUUAUUUUUAAAAGCUGGAUUUACACAGAAGGAAAGAUUUCUAUUUAUCCAGCAGACCUGGUGUAUAUAACAUUAUUUCUAUCAUUACCUUGCACCAUAUAAAAGUACAAUGAGCUGUUCUUAAAACAAUUACAUCAAAUAGUUGAAGUAUAUUUCACUUUGAAUCAAUGGAACAAUUUGAAUAAGCAGUUCCUCCCAUAUGGUCGUCCCGAGAGGAUCAAAUAAAUGCAACAAAGUGUUUUUAAGAUGGGACACGAUCAUGAUUAAGUUGGAUUAAACACAUUUACUGUAAAGUUUAUGGUUCUGCUAGCCUCCAAAACCAAAUGGACUUUCUCAUAGAAAUGUAACUUCUGUGUAAAUCCAAAUGUUUUAGUCUUUUUAUUCAUAUUUGGAGACGUUUUUAACUUCGGCCUUCAUUGCUGUGACUUUUUUUAAAGGCCGACAUCUGUAUAAGAGAUCACUACAUGCAUGUAGAUGUGCACUGUGAGUGUACAUGUGGCCGUACCCGUCUGUACGAGCUGAGACUAGAGGUUGCUUUAGAGGACGUGAACACUUAGUUUAACUGAGACGCCUUCGCUGAACCUGAAAUCUUACAGAGCUGAAACGUUUGGGUUCAUUUUUGCAUUAAUAUCUUAUAUAACUUAUCCAACCAGCUACGACAGGAACAAUUAGCAAAUGCUCCUCGCACAGAGCAUCUAGCGACUUCAUCAGAUCAAGAGACGUGAUUGUCUCUGAAUUUAAUUUGGGAAAUACGUAAAGAACUUGAUAACAUUUUAACAUUUUAACAUUUCUGGAGCAACUAAACUGACUCUUAAUGGAUGACAUCAUUUCAGCUCUGUAAUGAUGCGUCACUGAAUGUUACUACGGUGACACGUCGCCAUGUGCAGGUGACGUACCGGCUUCCUGUUAAAGCUUUCCUUCCACGUCUCAGAAAGUCCAUAUGUCAUAAUCCCAACUUUUUGUUUUUGUCACUUUACCAACAUGGCGGCGUGUUCCUCCUGCAAACGUUCAUCGACCGGAGUCACACCAACGUCUCUAAAUAACCAUUUAACAACGUUUUCAUGGGGUUCAAACGGAUCCUCUCACUGGGUUCCAGCUCCCGACGCUUCAGUCCAACUGGUGCGUUAAAGUAGCUCAAACAACCGGUGGUGCAGUGAAGUGUUGAGAGUUUGAAUCCACUGUGAGGACGUCAAUUAUAAGUACCUGUGCACACGUUUCAUGAAAGAAUGACCACAAAGUGUUGCUUUGCACCUGGAAAACAAAUCUGAAUCACAUGAAGACGGCAUACUUAAUCUCCAUGUAGUAAGUUUUGGUUGUGUCCUUCAUAAGACGACACAAAUCAGCCGUGAAGUAGAUGAAAUCUGUCUAAAUGUCACAGCUGGGGUUGAUUCAUUCUCCGUGUGAGAUAUUUGCAUUACAGCAUAUUACAGUCGUUUUAGUAGCAUUGUUUUUUGAAAUGCCUUGGAGGUGAAUCGCUGCCCCCCCCCCUCCCCCCCAGAUGAGCGAUCAUGCUAACACAUGUGCAUCAAGCCAACACCCGUUAAUACAGAAGUGUCAUAUUUUCAGGGCUGCGAGCAAGUUUUACUCACAAUCAGGUUAUUUAACAAAUAUUUUCUUAGCGAUUUGUUCGUUCAGUGUCGAAAAGAUAGCGAGUAUACUCCAUAGCCUCACGCUGACACAGCCAAUCACUUAAGCAUAUUUAAUCACUUUUCAUAUUUAGGCUAAAUUCAUUGGGUUUUGAAAGAUUUCUUUCUUCCUUACCGGCUCGUCAUAUUAUUAUUUUGUUUUUGGAGAGAAAAUGUAUCGCACAUUACUUUACAUUCAAGCCUGGUGGUUUGUCCGAGAUGAUUCAGAGACCGCCAUGAACAGCGUUAAAGGUUAGCGUUCAACAAAACAUGUUCUCUGAGACGCUCGUUCACAUGUCUUCGUUGAUGCAUGUAAAUGAUCCGAAGUUGAGAAAUCAAUGCAAGUUACAAAAACACGUGAAGACGAAGUGAACGAGAGAUUCUGCUGUAAACUACUCUUUUCGUUGUUUCCUAAAAUACCCAAAUACUUUGAUUUUAAUCAUCUCAAGCUCAAAACUCAACCUGUGUGACAGCAGCACAUCUAAAAUCCUGGAAAGUAUGUAUUGAUUAUUUAAAACUUACAAGCAAUUCCCUAAAAUCUCUCUGUGGGAUUCAUAGAUUAUAAUUUUGAGGGGGAACUGUCUCCUUUGCACAAUAACUAAAGUGUGUUUUCAUUUCUGCUGUCAAGUGUAAUCCAUAAUCCCCUGAAGCAGGUGCCAACAUGGUUCCCUUGUGCUGAAAUGUCACAGAAUAAAACAUUAAAUUGGCAUUAAGAUAGUUUCCGUGGGGGUUUGCCGGUUCUUUCUGGCUCUCGUAGUAAUCCCAAUCCACGGUAUCUGCAGCUCCAAGCAGAUUAAAGUAAACGCCGAUGAGUUAUGGAGUUAUAUAAAGCCGUUUGAUCCCAGGUCUCCUCCCAAUAAACACACGAUAAGUUUCCUCUGUUCUGUCUCUUACAUCACAUUUGUCUUUUGUUUUCAUAAUGCGAUGCACACGUUAUGAAAUGUACAUAGUGUAAGAUAAAAAUGGGUUUGUUUUACAUACUGUAUAAUUGCCUAUAUUUUGUUUCAGAAGUGUAACAGAUUUAUGAGAUGACAGGUUAACACAUUAAAAAGAAGGAACUCAAA